AUGCAGGUCGCACCAUCCUUGUUGCAGCUGUGUGUCCAGAAGCUUGCGCAGAACCUGAUUAAGUACGGUCCGAAGCGGGUGCGCUACACCACCCUCUCUGCAUUGCCUCGGAGAGCUCUGGAGGCCCUGCUGGACAUCCUUGUGGCCAGGAAUGCCUUGAAUGACAACGUACUACCAUACUCCUUGACGCGUCAGACGCAGAAAUUGGGUCUUGAAGGUGCAGCUCAGCUGCGCCGGUGUGUCCUGAGCACCAUCGGCCGCUCCUGUCCAAAUCUCUGCGUGCUGGACGUGAGGACAUGUCAACAGGUCGACAACAAAAUCGUCAGAGAUGUCCUCCAGCAUUGCGAGCGCUUAGAAGUCCUGCGACUUGACGGGUGCCCUCGCAUUUCGGACAGUGCCUUUGCACCCUCCCUGUGGAAGCCUCCACUGGCAGGAUUGCUCGGGUUGCGGGAGCUCUCCGUCGGGAAAUGCGGCCAGAUCACUGCCGAGGGACUCAUGGGCUACGUCUUCAAGGGUGCACCCUAUUUGAGGACGCUUGGCCUGGCAUAUUGCCAUGGCACCGUCACCGAUGAGGUGGCAUCCGAGCUGCUGUUCCAGUUCGGCUUGCAAGCGUUGGAUCUGUCUUUCUGCUCGCAGCUCUCUGACGCUCCCUUUGAAGCUCAUCCUCAUUCUUUGCUCCGCGAGUUGCGACUGUCAAGCACAAAUGUGAGCGACCGGGGCCUCGAAAGCAUUGCGAGACGUGCUCCCCAACUGGAAGUCGUCGACGUUGGGUGGGCGAUGAAGCUUACGGACUCGGGAGUUCUGUCCCUCGUGACAUUCUGCUCGAAGUUGCAGGCACUAUGCGUUCGCAGCACUGAGAUCACCGAUGCAAGCUUCGAAGCGAUCAUGCAGUGCCAACAUCUCGAACGUCUGAAUGCUUCAUGGUGUUUGAGAGCGACAGCUCAUGCGCUGGACAUACUUGCAGACGCCAGCAGUGUCACCCGGCCGCCUCUGAAGUCGAUCGAUCUGGAUCAUCUUGGCGCCAUCGCGUUAGAUGUGGGUCUUGAUGCUGGUGCACCUCUUCCAGCACUUCCGAUGAUCGCGUCGACUGGGCAGUGGGAGUCGAGCGCAUCGCUGUCUCCGCUGCCUCCUAACUGGUUGCCGGCGUGCAUGCCUCCGGAACCUCCAUCCAUGCUUCUGCCACCGUCUGCAAGUGCAGGUGACGAUGCCAGCCAGGUGUUCUUUGCUCCAAUGGGCCAGCCUCCGGCAGCCAAAUUCGUGCAGCGGAUGCCUUUGCCAUCGCUCAAGAGCAUUGUUGCUGCGUAUGGUUCCAAUCUGGAGCAGCUCCUUCUGGAUGGCAUCAAGGAUGUUGCGUACUCAUCGGCGCUCGAGGCCAUUGCAUCAAGCUGCCGCAUGCUGGAACAGCUGGCCGUAACACUGCCUCAAAACGACACAGACGAGUCGUUGAAGGCGGCCCUGAGCUCCAUUGGAACGAGUUGCGUCCGUUUGGUGCUCCUUCGCCUGGAUGCUUCCCUGAGGCCAAACAGCGCAGUUGUCGAAUCCUUGGCCUUGCCACUCUUCAGCCGCUUGACCUCUUUGACUUUGUGGUGCUCCAAUUCAGGCAUUGGCUUGCAGGAUGCAGAGUUGGAGAUGCUCCUGGCUGGACGAACCUUGCUGCAGACCCUUGUGCUUCGCAACUGCGCGUUGUCGGAAGGUUUGUUUCCGAGGUGGUGCAACCGUGGGGAGCGGCAGGAUGAGAUCUUUGCUGCCAGACAGCUUGAUCAGGUGCUGUCAUCACUGCGAGGCUACAGUUCCCAGAACACGCCCAUCGAGCUGCCCGAACCGUUGGCGCCAAGGAGAAGAAGGCAGCACAACCGCAACCCCGCAGCCAUCGCGUUGCGGUCUGUCACUUACUUCUCACUCGGUGGCGCCACUUCACUGUCUGAUCGAUCGUGUGAUGCUCUAGCCGAAUUGCUCCAUGAUGCUCAGACCGUGGACAUACGAGGAUGCCCGCAAGUAUCCGAGGACUCUCUGAGAUCUUUUCACAAGGGCUGCCGCUUCAUUAGGUCUGUCUCGGUCGCCAUGCGGGAAAGGACACUGACAUGGACAGCCUUGACCAGUUCUGUGAAGAAGCAUCGCCACCGGAGACGUUCAGCUUUUGCUUCCGGCAGCUCUGGAACAGAAAGCAACUGA